AUGGGCAGCAGAGGAUGCGUGACGGGGGAGAAAACUGUAUUGAAGGCGCGGGAUAACUGGCCCGUCGGACCCAUGUUGACAGCUGAGAGCAACGGUAUUGAUUGCAUCGAAUUGAAGGAGGAGGAGGAGGAGGAGGAGGAUGAAUACUUCCCCUUGAUGGCUGAACGGAAAUACUCAAGUUCAUAA